CUUGCGCACUGAAGAGAUAAGACAGGCCAUGGUAAACCUAAGGUUCUAAGGCCAUUAUCAUACAUGGGUCGAAGGUGUUUAAACAAAUACCUUUAGUUGCUGAUUAUGAAGCUCUCAAGGGCAUCGACUACAUUGUUAGGCCUGCUGCCACUGGCAUUGUGCCUUGGCCAGCAGCCUAUUGUCGCCUUCAACAAAUCAGAUAAGGCUUUCCAAAUCGUCGGUGCAGAUAUCGGUACGGGACAGAUUCGCGUCUCCAAGGAUGACUAUUGGGGCGUAAUUCGCGCUGCGGGUGACCUUGCCGUCGACUUUGGCCGUGUCACUGGCACGAACUUCACGCUUAGCAAUGGAGAGAAAGAUGCAUCACCAGCAAAGUACACCUUUGACCCUGUAGACGUCAAGAACAACACAUAUUACCGCACUCUCAAGGAGAAAAGCUUCACUGGCCCAACCUACUCGGAUCCUGAUGCUGCCAACACAGUUAUCAUAGUAGGCACAGUUGGCCACUCUGAACUCAUUGAUACACUUAUCGAAGAUGGCGUCAUCGACGUAAGUGGAAUCUUGUCAUAGGCUGGACCUCAAUCCACAGAAGGAGUGAUACAGUCUCUAGAGGGCAGCUGCUCAGUAGCGGCUAGGUCUCCAAUUGAUAGGUAGGGUCUGUAGUAUAUGACAAUUAAUUCCAAACUUCU